GAGGGUCUCGGGCGAGAAGCCCACGGAACACAAGGCCUGGAGGAAAUGGGCGCGGGCGUGGAUCAAGUCCAAGACUAUCAACGAGGAUGCUCGAGGUUCGGCCUUGAUAACCCUCCUGACCGGCGCGGCCUGCAGGGCCAUCGAGGACGUCGAGGACGAUCUCAUCGAGCAAGCUGGCGGAGACGGCGUGAUCUUCGCCAUCCUGGACGACAGGUACCCCGACCUCCCGGCUUCGGACAAGCUCGGCGAGGUGAUGCAUGCUUGCCUGACGCUCAAGACCCACAAGCAUGAGGAGGCCAACGCCUACACGGCCCGGGCCCGGGCCAUCUUCGCCGACGCCGAGCGCGAGGGCUGCCACCUGGACUCGGAGAAGGAGGCGGUCGUCGUGGCCGCGGCCCAUGGCUCCUGGCGGGAGCCCGAGGUCGCGAGGGCUCUGAGGACUACGUGCCGGGCGGGCCUCGGGAGGAUGGCCACGGGCAGUCAUGGUCACCACAAGGCCUUCGUGGCCGAGCAGGAGAUCGACGACGAUGAGACCAUCGAGGGUGACGACUGCGACCCGGAGUGCGAAGCGCUACUGGCCGACCACGGAGUACAAGACGAUGCCGACCCACCUGUUGACGAGCGAGACCUCAUCGACGCCUUGAUCUCUUGGAAGGAGCAGCGGAAACUACGCGGGAAGGUCAAGCUGGGUCCUGGUUUCGUGGAGCCGAACCUAGAGGCGUAUCGUCCGAGAGUGAGCUGCCACAACUGCAAGAAGAUUAGUCACUCCCAGAAGAACUGCAAGGAGCCUCGUAGAUCCACGGCAGGUCACGCGAUCCUCGACUUGGGCUGCGCCAAGGACAUGGUGGGCACGGAGACCUUCGAGCGGCACUGCCAACGACUACGACAAGAUCAUGGGCUACAGCCUGUGCACCUAUCCGACGCCCUGCAGGUAUCCUUUCGUUGCGGCAACGACGGCAGCCAGUCGUCAGUGGGCGAGGUGCUGUUGCCAGGCGGGGUCCUGGGCAAGAACGCGGUUACGAAGUGGUCUGUGGUGCCGGGCUCGGCGCCCCCCCUCAUGUCCAAGCAGCAGAUCAAGGCCAUUAAGUCCCAGAUCGACACCUCCAAGGACACGGUUACCAUUGGCGACUUGCCGGGGUGUCGACUUCCAACAGGAGCUGGUGGCCACUACGUUCUUUCCCUCACCGAGUUCGACCCCAAGGGCUUCAGCGACGACCUGCACCCGAUGAUCAGCGAUCCAGAGGUCACCAUCUACAUGACGGUCGCCGCGACAGAGAAGCAGCCGAACGUGAUCCCUGCCCCCGAAGGGUCAGCGGGCGACAUCGAGGACAUGCCCGUGUGCGACAGGGACCUAGAGCAGAAGGUCAGCGAGCUCGAGGAGGCACGCCCUCCAUCGGGCGAUGCCACUGGUCAGCUCACCCGCCGACAGCGACGACGAUUGGUGAUGGACAUCGCUGCAGUCACCGCGCAGCUACGACGCGCUGGCCUCUUCGAGCUGUUCAGCCCCGAGCGGGUGGGCCCGAAGGCUGAGCUCAAGGGUCUGGGCCCGACGAAGGCCCUGGAUCUGACCACCGGCUGGUCGGCGCAGUCGUGGAACGAGCCCGCGAUGAUCAAGCUCAUGUGUCAGGACCGCGUGUACGAGGCAGUUGGCCAUGGUUGUCAAUAUGGUGAUCACGAUGUGGUCAGUUGCAAGCCCUACCGCAAGGCCUUCAGGUUCAUUACUUCGAGUCCGGCGUUGGCUCAGGCCUCGUCUCGGCGAUGCCCAGGCGACCACCACCACGAGGCGAUCCAAGGAGGAGCUGGAGGUGAACUACGGAGUGCAGCCUCUCAGUGCUACCCUCCUGAAUUGGUUCGUGCCAUCGUGAACGGGAUGUCCAAGGAGAUGUCAGUCCUGGUUUCCGAGGUGGAGGUCGAGGAGUCGCUGCAGGCGAGGGCCGUGCUCUGGCAGGGCUUGGUCGAGGUUCACACUCACGAGUCUCUCAUGACGGAGGUGUUCGCCGCGUCCAAGAGGCGCAAGAAGGCUGACCAGGACGUGGAGGAGCCGCCGGAGUCCCAAGGUGAAGCUCGAGAUCGACGACAGAAGCUGGAAACGGCGGUUCGCACGAUACAUGUCAUACUUGCCAAUCCUGCGGUUGGUGACCUGGUCCGCGUCCUCAAGCAUAGCAACGCGACCGAGGAGGCCAUCGCCAUCGCACGGGACUUCAAGUGUGACGUCUGCGAGCAGAACCGAGCUCCCAAGAAGGCCUGGGACGUGGGCUGGCGAAGGCCCUACGGCGCACCAGUCAGGGCCAAGUGUGACUCGGCCCGGGCCAACACCGGUGCCAUCAUGUCCGAGGUGCUGGAGUGCGACGCCGUGGACUUCGACGUCACCCCAGGUGAAGCUCACUGGUUACUCGGAAAGGCUGAAAGACAUGGCUCCUGGUUCGCCAACAUCCUGAGCAAGGUGAUCGAGACCGUCCAGCCGAAGAACCCUCAGGAGUGGGAGCAAUGCGUCGGUGCGGUCUGUGAUCAGAAGAACCGCCUCUUGAGGAAGCAUGGGCACAGCCCAUGCCAGCAUGUGUUCGGACGUGAUCCUCCUCUCCCGGCCGACCUUCUCAAGGACUCACCGGACAUUGUUGCGAACAGCUUGGGGCUGCACAGCGACGGCUACCAGCGGACUACUGCUGUUCGAGCUGCCGCCCGUAUGGCUGUUCUGAUGUACAGCGACGAUGAGGCCAUGAGGAGAACGGUCACUAUUGGUUAUCACACGCAGGGACCCUUAUUCGAGCGGCUCCCGAACACCUUCGACAUGCAACCCGAGAAGAGGAAUGGGCAGACUGGCAUGUGCGUCAAGAGUUCAAGGCCGCUCACGAAAAGUUUAAAGGAAAGCAAGGCAACUCGGUCUACGUGGACCUACCUGCUGAGAAUCAAGGACAGGCUCCGGCUCCACUUGGCGAAGGUCGUGUCAUUGUGGUGCCGGCACCUCUGCCUGCCGGUCCUGAGCCUGCUCCAACCUCCCGAGCGCGCUCUCCUUCCUGGGCAGGCUCCACCUCCUGAGCCCGCUCUACUUGAGGAUCGGCCCCUGCCUGACGCUGGGCCGCCUGGCGAUGUACCAGCUCCGGCUCUUGAAGACACCAGCCUCGAGGUGGACCAGGCCGUCAAGAGAACGGUCGACGAGUUGCAAGAUCCAAGUCUGGUCGCACGACGUGUGUUCGACAUUGAGGGCAAGCCCCUGAAACGCCUGAGGGAGAAGACGGCGGUCACGACAGAGGGUACCUCAUCAUCGUCUGCAUCUGGUCAGGCUGCCGCGCCUGCUGUACAACCUGCCGUCCAGGAACCUCCGACUCGGCCAGACGACGCUCCAGACUCGUUCACGAACCUUCGGCAAGCGCUCUUGGACCCCGACCCGGAGCAUGACGAGUUGGUGGUGGGGGCUGAGAUGGAGGGUCAGGAGAUCACCGAGAAGCUUCGACCCUAUCUGAUCGAGGAGAUCCUGAAAGCCAAGAAGACAGAGUGGCAGACCGUGGACCAGGAGAAGCAUGCCGUACGUGUGUGCAGCUUGAAGGAGUCAGGCGAGAUCACGCGGACCCGACCCGACCGGCUUGCUGACACGCGCUUCGUCCUGACCAUCGAGUACGACCCCGACGGCAAGGAGCUGGUGAAGGCUCGUUGGGUUGCCAGAGGCUUCAAGGACCCGGACGCUCUCAAGCUUGUCUACUGGAACAAGACAGCCGCAACCACG